AUGGAGCCUCUGGAAUCAGUGACGUUUGAGGAUGUAGCGAUCAACUUCACCCAGGAAGAGUGGGUCCUGCUGGACACAUCCCAGAAAACCCUGUUCAGAAACGUGAUGCUGGAAAAUAUCACCCACCUGGUCUCCGUAGGGUAUCAGAUCAGCAAAUCAGAGGUGAUUUCCCAGCUUGAACAAGGAAAAGAGCUGUGGAGUGAAGAUCACAUUCACACUAGAGUUAAAUCAUGUGAAUGUCCUCUCUGUGGGAAAGCCUUUAGUCAUUCCUCUAGCCUCAGACGACACAAGAUGAUUCAUACUGGAGAGAAACCAUAUAAAUGUCAUCUCUGUGGAAGUGGCUUUCUGCAAAGUUCUAACCUUAGAAAUCACAAGCGGAUCCACACUGGAGAGAAACCAUAUAAAUGUCAUGUGUGUGGGAAAGUCUUCAGUCAAAGUUCCUACUUGAAAGAACAUGAGAAAACUCACACAGGAGAAAAGCACUAUGAAUGUCAACAGUGUGGGAAAGCCUUUAGUCAGAGCUCUGGACUUAGUCAGCACAAGAGAAUCCACACUGGAGAGAAACCACACGUAUGUCUUCUGUGUGGGAAGGCCUUCAGUCAAAGUUCUGAAUUGACUCGGCACAAAAGGACCCACACAGGAGAGAAACCCCAUAAAUGUCAGUGGUGUGGGAAUGCCUUCAGUCAAUAUGCAAACCUGAGAAGACAUGAGAGAACCCACACUGGAGAGCAGCCCUAUGAAUGUCAGUGGUGUGGGAAAUGCUUCAGUCACGGCUCUUCCCUGAGACGACAUGAGGGAACUCAGCACUGGAGAGAAAGUCAGGAGGGCUCUCAGUAG